UGCUGAGAAGCCGGUAUGAGAGCAAGGCUGCGGCAGAUUCUUUGUAAGCAGUAUUGUAUCGGGUUUAUUCCGGGUUAACACAGUGCUUGCUAUCUGUGGCCAUCCGGUCUGUACUCUCUCUCUCUCUCUCUGACCGCCUUGAUCUGCUCUGCAUUCACCGUGUGUAUCCAGGGAUGUAUCACGGUUCGGCAGGCAGGCUGUGUUCGGCGCUAAGAGACGUGCCCGCCCUGUGCGUCACCUCUCUGCGGCAGCAGCCUCACCACUCCCCGGUGAAGAGGAGGGCUCUGUCUCCCCCGGUGCUCGGCUCACUGGCCAGCUUCGCUUGUUGUCAUAACCUGGUCGGCUGGGUCGGAGAAAUACCGGCAAAAACGGCCUCAGGUGGCGGGUCUGCCACAGCCUCUACACCUGCAAGUGGAACCACGGGGGCCGUGACCAGGACAGCCUCCAGAACGGUUUGUUCCAUGGGAAACAGCACCAGUCGACUGUACAGUGCCCUUGCCAAGACACUCACCAGCAGCCCUGUCUUGUCCCAGCACGAAGAGUACCUGCAGCCAACAGAUCAUGAACAUCUGGAUCCCAAAGAUCUCUUGGAGGAGUGUCAAGUGGCACUACAGGACAGGCCUGCUCGUCCACUUAGAGAAUUUGUCACCCUUCAGAAUGAUUCCAGUAGCCAGACAUUUAGAGUGAUGCAGUGGAAUAUCCUAGCUCAAGCUCUUGGGGAAGGCAAAGACAACUUUGUGAAGUGUCCACUGGAGGCCUUGAAGUGGGAAGAAAGAAAGUACCUGAUUUUGGAAGAGAUUCUGAUAUAUCGCCCUGAUGUCUUGUGCCUUCAAGAGGUGGAUCACUACUUUGACACCUUCCAGCCAAUCCUCAGCAGGCUUGGCUAUCAGUGCACUUUUUUGGCCAAACCAUGGUCUCCCUGCCUUGAUGUAGAGCACAAUAAUGGACCUGAUGGCUGUGCCUUGUUUUUCCUGCAGGACCGCUUCCAGCUAGUCAGCAGUGCCAAAAUCAGACUCUCUGCCCGAAGUUUGAAAACCAACCAAGUGGCUAUUGCAGAGAUACUGCAAUGCAAUGAGACCGGAAAGCUUUUAUGCUUUGCUGUAACCCAUCUUAAGGCCCGAACUGGGUGGGAGAGAUUUAGGUUAGCACAGGGUUCUGAUCUACUGCGUAAUCUUGAGUCAAUUACCCAAGGAGCUAAGAUACCCUUGAUAGUCUGUGGAGACUUCAAUGCAGAACCUACUGAGGAAGUCUACAAGCGAUUUGCCUCCUCUAGUCUUAACCUCAACAGUGCUUAUAAGGUCCUGAGUGAAGAUGGAGAAUCCGAGCCACCCUACACAACCUGGAAAAUCCGUCCUUCUGGAGAGUUCUGCAACACUCUAGAUUACAUCUGGUACUCCCAGCAUGCCCUAAAAGUGAACUCUGCCUUGGGCCUACCUACAGAAGAACAAAUAGGUCCCAACAGGCUUCCUUCAUUUAAUUACCCUUCAGAUCAUCUGUCACUUGUAAGUGACUUCAGCUUUAAUGAAAUCUCGACUAGGUUGUUGUAAGAAGACGGGGCAUUAUUCCAUGUGGUUUUUACCAUGGCUGUGACAUUUACCUGUGAAGUGGACGUGUACAAUAUUUGAAACUGUGAUAUAAAACUUCACAUGUGACACACUUCGUUGAGGCGUCUAGUUUUAGUAGAGAGACACGAUGGGCACCAACACUACUUAACUGUUUUCAUCCCUGUUCCAAUAUAUUUAGUUUGGCUAGGGGAAAAAAAGGU